GAAUCAUGGUGCAGGUCACAACACUCCUCUACUUCAAUCGUUCACAUCCCGGAAAACCCAGCUAUUGCCGCCAUGUUCCUCCUCCUGCCCCUUCUGGUCCCCCUGGCCAACAGUGCCGUCAUCACCAGCCGGCAGAGCGUAUCCCAAGUCGUCCGGCUCAACUCAAUCGAAAAUGUCGCGGUCCGCUCCAACGGCCAGAUCCUGGCCACCAACAUGAACACUGCCACGCUCUACGCCAUCGACCCCGUGGCCAAGACGUCCAUCACCGCCCUCACUGUCACGGGUGCAACGGGCCUCUCAGGCAUCGGCGAGUACGCACCGGACGUCUUCGCCGUUAUCGGCGGCAAGGGCAUCUACAAAAUCGAUUUCACCAGCACGCCCCCCAAAUCCUCCCUAAUCCGCACCAUCACCGAAGCAAACAACCUCAACGGCCUGGCCGUGUUCGACAACUCAUCUGUGCUCAUCGCCGACGCCGGAAAGGGCGCCGUAUACAAGUUCGACGUCAACACGGGCGCCUACGCCGUGGUGUUGCAGGACGCGGCGACCAUGGCGCCCACGGGCGGCAUCCCGUUCGGCAUCGACGGCAUCAAGUACCGCGACGGCGUGGUGUGGUACACCAACAUCUUCAAAAACAGCUUCCACAGGGUCAGCGUCGACCCGGCCACGGCCCGGGCCACGGGCGCCUUCGCCACACUGUGGACCAAUCUCAUGGGCGAUGAUUUGUGCUUUGGGCCCAACGGCAAGAUCUAUGUCGCGACCAACGGCAGGAACUCGCUCGUCGAGGUCGAUCCGGCCGUCGGCAGGCCGACGAGCGUGGGGACCGUGACAGGUUCGACGUCGUGUGCGUUUGGAAGGACGGAGAGGGAUGCGAACGUGGCGUAUGUCGGGGCCGGGCAGGGCGUGUUUGCUGUGACGGUGAGGGUAUAGGUGGAGCAGUCAAGGGAAUGGACUGGAGGCACCAAUCUUCUUCGUCGUGUCUCUGGGACAUUGCAAGCUGAGUAGAUGAGUGUCGCGGUUGCUAAUCACGGCAAACUGGCUGUCCCGAAUUCCCACCUUUGCCCGCUUGUGAUGUUCAGAUCCCCUUCCGUGCUCGAAAACAGGUGAGAUGGGCAUGAUCCAGGGGAUAGAGAAGCAAAAAAGAAAUGCGAGGCGAAGAACCAUAAGGAUACUGCCUUUGAGGAGUGAAGGAAGGUGCUUUGGACGGGCUGGGAAUCGAACCCAGGACCUUUCGCAUACACGUACCAUGUCACGGAGCUGUUGCACAAUGACCGUACAAGAUGCUAAGCGAAC